AUGUCUGAAACAACCGAUACAGCACCGACUAAUGCAUUGACCGAAAUUAUGAACGUAACCGAUGUUACGUACGACUACUAUGAAGGCGACCCACCAGUAAGAGUAGAGACUUGGUUAGUACCUCUCAUAUUUGGUACGAUAUGCCUGAUCGGUAUUGUUGGGAAUGCUUUGGUGAUUGUUGUGAUAUUGAAGAACAAGCAGAUGCGAACUGUCACCAAUUACUAUAUACUGAACCUGGCAAUAUCUGACGUCGCCUAUCUUACAUGUGCAGUGCCGUUCAGCGCCACGUCUCACGUUUCAGAAUGGGUAUUUGGGGAAUUCAUGUGCAAAUUCAGCUUUUACGCUAUACAGGUAACAGUUCAAGCGACAUGCAUUACACUGACUGCCAUGAGUGUUGAUAGAUACUAUGCUAUAGUGCAUCCACUGAAAUCUCUGAAGACUCGCACUCCUAAGGUGGCCAUUAGUGCCAUUGCUGCUAUCUGGUUAUGUUCUUGUCUUGUCUCAAUCCCCGUUGCCAUAUACCGGGAAGUCGUUUACAUUAACUGGUUCGGUGUUCGUCCAUUUUGCUAUGACGUUUUCCCCACACUACAAUGGGACUUUGGGUGGUACGUGUACACUUUUAUUGCAGUCUACGCUCUGCCAGUUUGUAUUAUUACCAUCUGUUAUUCCAAAAUGCUAUGUCAGUUAUGGAGCCACGUAACACCUGGUGAGGUGUCGACUCAUCAUACACAGAGUCUCAGACAAAAGAAGAAGAUAACCAAAAUGGUUUUCAUGGUAACGUUUUUAUUCUUCAUCUGUUGGAUGCCUAUUCACAUUCAAACCAUCUGGACCAGAGUCGACCCAGAAAGUUACAAUGCUACAGAGAAUAUCUAUUACUAUCAUCUAUUUGCUAAUUGCUUGUCGUAUGCAAAUUCUUGUCUCAAUCCUUUCAUCUACGCCUUUAUGGGUGAGAACUUCAGGAAAUCAUUCCGUGGCGUUAUGCCGCGAUGUUUGAAGAAGCACUCGGCGACCGUCGGUACUAUGAAUCAAGCAGAAGGUGGCAUCGCCAGAAGCAAUAUUGGAUCCUUGUCGACAUCGGCGCCCGUGCAAGGAAACAACACGCUUGAAACGUCGGCACGGACAUGA